UGCCAGUAUUUUGGUUUCGCCUCCUGCCUGGAGCACAGGGAGUCACACAUAUAUUGUAAGGGAGGAGGGGACCGUUACGUUUCGGGCGUUGUUACGUCAUAGAGGCCCUUGGUUCCGCUGGCGGAACGAGUCGUAUACAUAUACAGUGCUUUAAUCACACACAUUAAUACAGGGCUUAUAUCUAUCUGUGCCACCGCCUGAACGUUCCAUUUUACUUUGCAGGGGGGAGGCGGUGUUUUUUGAUUGGCUGCCGGGCCAGGAAAAGCAGUAGCGUACUAGCGGUGGUGCGGCCCCCGAUUCCUCACCCAGCCUUAGCCUCCUCUCUCUGCGGGUGAGGAGGGGGCGCCGCUUGUCAGAGCUGGCAGGGGAGGAGAGCGACUGAGAAAAUGUGGUAAAGGCGCUGCUUUGAGACUGCAAGGGCACUUAAGAAAAUGCUUGCACAGAUGAUAUGAGCACGGCUUCCACCAAGGCCUAGAACUGUCUUUUUAAGAACAGUUCUGUAAGGCAAUAUACGAAUGGCCCAAGGAAGCCCGCAAGUUGACUUUCAGGUUUUAAAUGACCCUGCGACAAAAAUUCCCUGAGCUGCCUGAGGUGUUGUUUCCCCCGGUGCAUGCAGCAGAACAACAACAAUCUGGAUGCUUGCUGUGCUGCUCUUUCUCACGAAAGUACAAAGUAUCUAUAUGGUGAAGGAGACUUCUCUUUAUUGGAUGAUCCAAGUAUUGGUAGCUUAAGAAACCACAUGAGUUCGCUCAAUUUGGACUUGCAGUCACAAAACGUGUAUCAUGAUGGAAGGCAAGGAAGUAGGAUGAACGGAAGCAGUAGGACUUUAAAUCACAGUAUAAGUGAUGGACACCUUCAAGGAGGUCCAUCCAACAAUGAACUAUAUCAACAAGAGCCACAGACUGCACCUGCCCAGGUCCCUGCAAACUUUAAUGUUUUUGGGAUGUCAAAUCCCAUUAGUUCUUCAAAUCCUGGACAUCAGUUUGGACUUCAUCAUGGCAGCAAAAUUUCAUCAGGCUUACAAACUCCCAGGUUCAACCCCAUCAUGGUGACCUUGGGUCCAAAUAUCCAAGCUAAUCGUAAUACUCCUACAUCUUUGCACAUACAUGGUGGCCCACCACCUGUACAUAAUAGCCCUCAUGGAAACUCUAUCUAUAUUAGACCUUACAUAACUUCCCAAGUUGGUACAACUAGACAGACUCCACCGCAAGGAUGGAUGUCUCAGGUUCCUCCACAACUGCAGCAAGUCUAUCAUCACGAGCCGCACAAUCCCUGGGCAACGCUUCCUCCUCCUUGUACACGCCACAUACCUAUCCAACAUUCAACACAGUCAAACCAGUCAGGGUCAUUCAGAAUUCCCCAUGUCUACAUGCCUAUCAGUUCACCUACCACUCCUCAAGCACCAACACUUCAUUCAUCUAGUGGUGGGCCUCAGCCUUCCUCUCAGUACAAUAUUCAAAUAUUUCAACAGGUCCCAGGAAAAAACCCAAAUUGAAAUUAAACUUGAACACCACAGAGGAUCAAUUCAAUGCUUCGUUCAGGUUCUCGGAGUUCCACAAACCCCUCUUCUAUGAAACACCCAGCCAGAAACCAGCCCAAGUUUUACAUAGCUGCAAGCCCCCCAAACACAGAUGAAAUGAUUGCUCGCAACCAGCCUAAGGUCUAUAUUUCUGCUAUCUCCAGUGGUGAUGACCAGGUUGUUAGGAAACAGCCUACAGUGAUCAUAUCCACAAACCCAGGAGCAACAUCCACACCCAGGAAUGUUUCCGGGUCAAGUAGCAUGGGCCCUGCAUUCAUUCAUCAUCACCCUCCAAAAAGUCGAGCACUUGGCAACAGUGCCCCGGCAUCCUCACCUCGUGUGGUAGUGACUCAGCCAAACACAAAAUAUACUUUUAAAAUAACUGUCUCACCCAAAUAAACCUCUUCUGUUUCUCCAGGGGUUGUUUCCCCAACAUUUGAGCAACAAAUCUCCUUAAACCUUCAUGAUCCAUUUGCAGAAUCGGAAGAUUUACAGCAUCUAGCUGACCCUGUUUUAGCACACGAUAGAAUUAAUGAUGCAAGAAAGCUAAGUUGGGGUCUGAUGAUGCUGCGUUACACCCAAGCUUUACUUGUACAUCAAAAAGCAAGAAUGGAAAGGCUUCACCGAGAACUCGAAAUGCAAAAGAACAAGCUGGAUAAACUUAAAACGGAGGUUAAUGAAAUGGAAAAUAAUCUUACACGGAGACGCCUUAAUAGGUCAAAUUCACUUUCACAGAUUCCUUCACUGGAAGAAAUGCAGCAGUUAAGGAGUUGCAACCGUCAGCUGCAGAUUGACAUAGACUGUCUCACCAAAGAGAUUGAUCUUUUUCAGGCAAGAGGACCACAUUUUGAUCCCAGUGCUAUUCAUAACUUUUAUGAUAACAUUGGUUUUCUUGGUCCUGUGCCGCCGAAGCCAAAAGAUCAAAGGGUCAUUGCCAAAACGCCAAAGACUGUGCCAGACACAGACGACGAUGAGGGAGCUCAGUGGAAUUGCACCGCCUGUACUUUUCUAAAUCACCCUGCCUUAAAUCGUUGUGAACAGUGUGAGAUGCCCAGGAAUUUCUGAGCCAUUUUAUAUCCAUGCCCUGCAAUAUGGAAAUGCAAAGAAGAGAAUCUCAAGAGAUAUUUCAGAGGAGUAAGCGCAGCCUGUCUGGAUUAUAGAUUGGAAUGUGUGACAUUUUUUUUUAAAUAACUGAUAAGUGCCAGCCCACAGAGAGAAUAAUACCUCAGUGCUUUGUGAGCAGUUGGGUUUGUUUUUGUUUUUUUGUUUUGUUUUAAUCAUCUGAUCAGUUUUAUAUACUGAUACACUUGGUUCCCAGCUGCCUGUACCAUGUACAGUAUUAUUAUUAUUAUUACUAUCCCAGUCUAAAUCAUUCUCACUGUGUCCUGUGUUUGGAUCCUAUCUCAACUUCUCUAGGGGUCACUGAGGCAUAUCUGAUGCCCCAGAGAAAAGUGGAGCCAAAGAAUUGACCAGCAUUUUGUUGUUCAGAAAAAGUGGGCUACAAAGGAAAAAAACAAAACUGCGAACAUUGUGUAUAUGUAACAUGUUGCUGCCACGUAUACAGAGGAAGGACUUCACUGUUCAGUGGUGUCUGUACCUCCCAGGAACCUCCCUUUAUUUGUGAAAUCGGAAUCCAUGCAAUCGAUAUAAAGGGUAAAAGGAAAAACUGCAUGCUUCUGUACGAUACGGUGAAAAUACUCCACAGCUUCUUCAGUUGUACAUAGCUCUAAAGCCUGCUUUACGUGAUUUUCUUUCUUUUCUCUAUUAAUUUCCUGUACCUCUGUAUGUAUAGUCUAAUAAGUUUUUUUUUUUGUUUUUUUUUAACUUGUUACCUUCUACUUUAAAAACAAUUUUAGCACAAUCAUUGUUUUCCCUUUUUAAGUUUUUUUUUUUUUUCUUUCAAAACAAAAAAGGUGCCUUUAAAUUUUGCAGGAGGGUGGGAAGAAAGCAUUAACGAUAAGAAACUAUGCACAAAGUUAUCUCUGGACAACCCAUUGAUCUUGUAAAUGCCGCUGACCUGUGAAGACAUAUGGAAAGGUUCUAUUUCAAAAAGGUCUUUAUAAGGGUACACUUCAUUUUAUGCACACAUUGAAUCUUACAGUGGGUGACGUGUACACAUGACAAGUAUGUACAAAGUCUUAUUUUUGGCCAGUAAGAAAGUUCGGUGCCACACAAGAGAAUCCUGCUCUAGAUUACAAAUAUAACAGGAUGGAAUACACUAUCUCAAAGAAAAUUCUACUGGAAAAACAUGGAUAUUUCUUAAAGGGGAAAAAAAAAUCAAUGAUCUUGUAAGAGGUUUCUCCUGCUUCAAUAUUUGGGUAACAUUCAGAUUUGUUUUUAGUUUCACUUAAUCUGAAUGUUCACAAUUAGCAUGUCUGGAUCUGAACAGUAAUCGGAGAAGACUUUAGAGCAUUGAUAUUAAAUAUCAUUAUUUUGUUCAGUCUGCUUUGUCAGACAACUUCCUCUCUGGUUUUUAUUAAACCUAAGAUUUUUUUUGUAUUUUUUUUUAAAUUAUGGUAUGGGUCCUCACAAGCUAUUUGUAUUUAUAUGGCUAGUGGCCAUUUUUAACAAACUUAGAUUUUGAAGGAAAUAAUUGAACUGUCAGUCACUAGAAUUCACUGCUUGCCCACUCAUUAAAGGGCCAAUUUAAAGAAAGUGUUCUUGCUGCUUUCAUAUUAAUAUAGAAAUUAGAAACAAAUGUCAUAUUUUGUCAGUGAGGAACAGUCCAUUGGCUUAAACGGUCAUCCACUGUAAAUGAUUCAUGAACUGUUUACCAUUUUUGUACCAGCUCUUGAAAAAGUGCCAAGCCCUUUUUUUUUUUUUUUUUAGGCUUAUCGUGUCAAAUAAUAUAAUCCCAGAUAAACAAGCUGUCCUGUGUUGAAAAGGCUUGUUGUUUUUUUCUGUGCCUUUACAACACUAAAAUGGGGUAAAACUGCAAAUCGAAAGCACUUACAAGCAAUACUUUUUGUUAAAAAGACCAUGUUCAGCUUCAUCUGCAGUUUUCUGUGAAGAUUGGCAAAAUCAAUUUUUACCUGUUUUAUUAAUAAAACCUAAUUUGGAUAUCUCAAGUUGAUGGUUUUGUGAUUUAGCUGGGUAAACAGUCUUUGUAACAUAAAUUAUUUAUAAGAAUUAAAAAAUAUGUAUUCUAACAA